UAAAGGAUGGAAAAAUAUGGGGAAAAAUGGAAGGCGCAUGCGCAAAGAAAACAAUACUAACAGAGUAUCUCCGUGAGCAACGCACAGCAACGAAAGUUUCCGGGAAUGAAACUUCUAGGAGCGCAAAGUCUCUGAGACCUACAGGCAGCAGGUUGAAUAAUAAAAUCUCAGAGCAUAUUUCGGCGUCGGUAACACCCCUCCAUGUUUGUCUGGAGGAACAAAGAGGACCAGAACUGGGCUCUCGAGACGUCUCGGCUUAUAGGCCACAGACAAAAAAAUUGUGUGAAAAACAGGAAACAGAGGAGAGGUACGACGAAGAAGAAGAGGAAACUGAAAUCAUUGGAGCCGAAGCAGAAAAUUUGAAAUUUAGUCAGCCGAGCAUGGCCAACACUAUCAGUAAUAUGAAGAUGACUAACCGUAUUAAGGGGCUCGUAAGCAAACGUCGUAAACGAUUUACGGAGGACGGUUUUGACCUUGAUCUCACAUAUAUAAGGGAUGAUUUGAUAGCAAUGGGUUUUCCAGCAGAGAAGUUGGAAGGAGUAUAUAGGAAUCACAUAGACGACGUCGUUAGAUUGUUGGAAUCCAAACACAAAGAUCACUAUAAAAUUUACAAUCUAUGUUCCGAAAGAUCUUAUGAUUUUAAGAAGUUUAAGCAGAGGGUAGCUACGUACGCGUUCGACGAUCAUAAUCCACCGAUGUUGAAUCAGAUCAAGCCAUUUUGCGAGGACGUGCACGAAUGGCUUUCGCAGCAUAAAAAGAACGUAGCGGUAGUCCAUUGUAAAGCGGGUAAAGGUCGAACGGGCGUAAUGGUUUGCUGCUACCUUCUUCACAUUAAACAAUUUCUCACUGCCACAGAAGCCCUUAACUUCUAUGGAACUAAAAGGACACACGAUAGGAAGGGGGUAACAAUACCUUCUCAGAGGAGGUACGUAGAUUAUUAUGCUACUCUCGUGCAAGAAGGAUUGAAUUAUCAACCAGUUACAUUAUUAUUACGAAAAAUACAACUGGAUCCAGCACCCAUUUUUCACGGAGGUCAAGGAUAUUUGGAGUGUAUUAUAUCGGAAUCGAAGAAAAAGAUAUUUAGCUCCGACAUAGUGGAAGUACGGAAAGGAAUGCAGAACGUUAGCAUCCCGUUGAAGCACUGUAUAGCGUUGACGGGGGAUAUACGAGUCGAUUUCUUUAAUAGACCAAAAAUGAAACGAAAGGAGAAGUUGUUUCAUUUUUGGUUCAAUACGUUUUUCGUGCGAGAUUACUUAACGUCGGAGAACGAUAACGGAGAGUUACCGGUCGAACGUUCUACGAGGGCAUUGAGUUGCGACGGUACAACGAUGGAAUUACCCAUGGUUAUGUCGCACAUGAAACCCAGAGCUGGGUCGCUAGCUAGUCUCGGAUCCAUGCCACCUACUCUUGUUUUAAGCAUAGAUAAAUGGGGUUUAGACGACGCGCACAAGGACAAACAUCACAAAGCGUACAGCGCAGAUUUCAGGGUUAGUUUAUUUAUGCAUCAAAUGGGUGGUAAUAUAGCGCAAACUGUAUCAGCGACGACGAAUAGAACGGGAGAAAUGCAAACGGGUGUACAGAUAGGAAUGGGAGGACAAGAGAGCCCUAGCGAGUCGAGCGAAGCGGAUAGCAGCGAAUGCGACACGACCGGAGAUACAACGGGAGACGAGGACGGGGAAUCUGGAAACACCGUGUAUAGAGUACAAAAGAUGGAACGGCAAGAACAGUGUCAGUCGCAGUCGCAAACGCAAUCGCAAUCGCAGCAAUUUAAAUUUAUUAUCACAGGUAUGCAUCUCUUUCGUGGAUUCGUCGCAGACGAUUAUUUUCUUUUUCCUUUCAUUUUUCUUCUUUCUUCUUUCUUCUGUUGCUCUUUAUACAUUUGUUUCGCUGUAAUGAACGCGCGCCGAUGAAAUGUUUACGUGACUGACGCUGACUCUGCUUACAGGGGAGUCGACGUAUUUGUGACUUUGAAAACUAGACUGGUACGACGAGCGAGGAUCGAUCCGAGCUAAGCUCUCUUCUCAAGAACGCUCCCGCCUGACUGCAACGCAUCGCUCGAUCACGAGCAACUCUGUCUAUGCCUGCCAGUUCAUCGCCACACGCGACGCGUAUCCUUAUUCCCUUUAGCCGUUGCGCCGCGCCCUUCGCGUUUCCUUCAUCUUUUUCUCUUGUUCGCUUCCCUUACUUUCUGCUCUCCUCGAACUCGGAUAUUUUUAUCGUUCGCUAUACUUUUAUCGCCUUUCGUCGUAUACGCGACCACGUUAUUUUUCGUCGAAAGACGAAAUCGCAGAAACAAAACGAACGAUUCUUGAACGCGUUUCGACGUGUGCUCGACGAACCUUGCCGGGUGAUCUUCUUUUCGAUUUUAAUUUAUCGGGACGCGGUAUUUUAUAUUUUCUUACCGAAGCUUUUUAUCGCGUGGGACGACAUAGUUUUUUUUUUUUAUUCUUAUCGAGCAAUAUCGAUUUUAAACGUUGAAUUCGUAUCUCGUAUCGUUCGUUUGUCCGCGCUGUCCGAAUCGCUGCGCGUUCGGACAUCGAAACGACUCUUCUUUUCUCGUCGUUGUUUCCGCGCGUGUACGCCUAUCGUUAAGAGGUCUUUCUCGUCGCGGAACGAAUUCGUUUGCCCGGUACGAUACGGACGGUGAACGCGGUUACCGUCGCGCUUCGUUGUAAUCGCCGAUUAUCGCUAACUAUCGCGAAUAGAGAAAGAAAAGAUAGAGAAAAAUAGUAAGAAGAAAGAGGAGAAGGAAAAUUCGCGUUGGGAAAAUGUUUGGCGAAUCCGCGAUCGAAGUAACGAGAAGACGCACGAGUUACCGGAAGCCGAACCGGGGCCAACAAGUUUCAAACUUUCCGCGCGUUGUCGGAUAGAAAUUAUAGAUGCGGUUAAUUAUUGUAAGAUGUAUUUAUAGAAAUAUGCGAACACUUUCUCGAAACACAAAGUACAAAAGUAACACGAUCGGAUCUCAAACGUUUCGAAAUAAUUGCGCUUGCUUCUUUAAGAGUACGUAUACUUAAGAUAUUUUAUAUAAUCGUUAUUAAGCAAUUAGUCGAAAGUUGACAAGUAUUGUACAAAACUGUUCCAUCGAUCUCUCGAACGUCGUUACCGUUAAUCGUUAAUCGUUAAUCGUUAAUCGUUAAUCGUUAACGCGACAAAGGCAAAUCGAUCGGAGUAAAAAAUAUUUGGCGGGCGACCCGAAGGCGUCCCGUCGCGCGUUCUUAGCAAUCUCCUGAACGAUCGGUUUAUUUCGAACGAUCGUAGCGCGUCUCGUCUCGCUUCGCGAACUUCACACACGGCACGCAAAGUCGGACGAAAAGUAAAUAAAACUAUGAAAGGAAAGUAAACGAAGCUAAAGAACGAUAUAAAUCGUAGAAUCGCGAGAGAGUUAGAGCGCCACGAUCGUUCACGGAAGCUAUAGUUUCGAUAUUCGAUCGAAACGCUCGGACGAAACGACGUCGGUUCGCUACGUUACAAUUUGUAAAAAUGGAAAUACCGUACAAUACAGAGGUACAAGUCUACUCUA